GAUUGCAGCGCGGUGCCACGGCCACUGGACCGGCGCAGCUGCCACGACGUCACCGGCUGCAACUGGUCCACCUCAUCCUGGUCCGCGUGCAGUCAGACCUGCGGCCGGGGCACUUCUACCCGGGCAGUGGUUUGCCCCAGCGGCGAUGAGAGGGACUGCGCCGGGAUACCGCGACCGGAGGCCGAACGCAGCUGCUCUGAGACUGUCGGCUGCUCUUGGGUCUUGGGCCAGUGGUCGAGCUGUUCCAGCUCUUGCGGCAACGGCACGCGGAGCCGCGAGGUGCGCUGCCCAUCGGCCGUCAGCGAGGAGGAUUGCGGCUCAAGCCGGCCCAACAGCACCGAACCCUGCAGAUCAUCAGAGGGAUGUGGCUGGAGCAUCGGAGACUGGGGACCUUGCGACAGCAGCUGCGGGGAAGGGCUGCAGACGCGCCGGGUGGAAUGUUCCGAGCCUGGUGGGUGUCCCAACGCUGGGCCGGUCACUGCCCAGGCUUGCUUUGCUUCCGUGGGCUGUCACUGGACGGCCGCUCGCUCCGGGUGAGAUGUACGCUGUGGG